UGAAAGCGUUCCCACUCAGAUCCUGGUUGGCUGAACACCACGCUAGUUUGUGAAGAGGGCGGUGCUCGCUUGAAAGGGUCGUAACGGGCAGGGCUGUGUUUGUUUUGCUACGUUUUGUUUUGUAUUUUUGUUGUUCUGGGUGACAGAAGUAGAAGCUUAACACCAGUGCACGCUGAACCAAAGGAUGAAGCUCUGGAGCCAGAAUAAAGAUAAACAAGACAAAGAAACUAUGAGAAAUACUGGGCAGACCUACAGCCUGGGGCGAGGUUCUGAGGUGACAGUGGCUAAGCGUUCUGAGACGGAAUCUGCUCAUGAGAAUCCAGAGAUCUGCAAGUCCGCAUCUGCCCCCAUUAAAUGGGUUAUUUCUGAAGACGGCACUGUUAUCGUUAAGAAGGAGGGUACAGUCCCAGUGGAAGAAAAGACAUCUGCUGGAAGUACUGGAGAAUACUCAGGUCCAGAAAAUCAAUCCACUUGUUCUGAUGAGAAGGAAGAUAUGAAGAUUCAUUGUAUCCACAUUAAAGAGGAGGUCCCUGAUCCUGAGUAUGCGUACAGUAAAGAGGACGUCCCUGGAGUGGUGUGUGUUCAAGUCAAGCAGGAGGUCUGUGAAGAGCAAGAUGAUGUAGAUGAUGAAGAUGUGGAUGCUGACAAGAAUGCUAAGCAGGUAUGGGUCCAGCCUCAGGAAGACAGUGAAUCGGACAUGAACGCUGAUUCUGAAAAGGGCACUGAGCUGAGAUCCAUUCAGGGGAAUCUUCACAACCCUCCACUGUGGUUGAAUGAAGAGGAGGAAAGACCAACUUGUUCCACAAACAGUGCCAAUUUGGAAAAAGAAUUUGAAUCGUAUCCAUGUCCUUACUGUGAAAUCAUCUUCACUGGGAAACAGUACCUGGAGAAUCAUUUAAAGAAGAGACACCCCAAAGAAUAUUUUGAGAUACUGAGAUCUGCGUCUCUUAACAUGCAGACACGGCAACCCACGUUACCCUCACCGAAUUCAUUGGCUGUCAACCAUUCUGAAAUGCUGGGCAACUUCCGGCCUUCCCAUAGAUGUACGGAAUGUAGGAAGAGUUUCGCUCAGAUCGACACCCUGACGAGACACCAGCAAACACACCAGAGAGGAGAAGCUCCCUGUCACUGCGCUGCGUGUGGGAAGAGCUUCAGGCACCUGGGCCACCUGAAAACACACCAGAAAACUCACCAAGAGCACAAGCUGCAUCGCUGUACGAAAUGCAACAAGGCAUUCAUGCGCUCAGGGACCCUGAAAAUACACCAGCGAACCCACACAGGAGAGACCCCAUAUCGCUGCACUGAGUGUGGGAAGUUUUUCAGCCAGAUAGGAACCCUGAAGACGCACCAGCGUGUUCACUCCGGGGAGACGCCCUUCUACUGCUCCCAGUGUGGGAAGAAGUUCAGCCAGAUCGGGAACUUGAAGACACACCUGCGAAUUCACAAAGGGGAGCGUCCCUUCCACUGCUCUGAGUGUGGGAAGAGCUUCAUCCGGGCUGGUACCCUGAAGAUACACCAGCGCAUCCACACCGGAGAGUACCCUUACCUCUGCACAGAGUGUGGGAGCAGCUUCAAAGAGUCCGGGGCCCUGAAGAGCCACCAGAGAAUCCACACGGGAGAGCGGCCCUAUCCCUGCCCCGAAUGUGGAAAGACUUUCAGGCGCUCAGGAACGCUUAAGAUACAUCAGCGACUUCACACAGGCUAGAGUCCUUCGUUUUAGGUCUGGCCUGCGCAAGAUCCUGUUUUGAAGAGCAGUGGUGUCUAAUUCCUAGAAAUUAAAAUAAACAGAAAAGAAAAGACCAAUCAAGAAUGGAAAUGCUAUAUUUAUUCAUUCUUCUUUUAUUCAUGAGCCUUUACUGGACCCUGGUCUCCAGUAUGUUAUGUUGAUAAGCAAACCAAGUAGUCUAAGGAUGGGAUUCUGUCAUAGUGGGUUGUAAUGGAAUGGCAGCACCUUUUAACAUCCGGCUGCAUUGCUUUCAGAGAGACAGAAUCCAGCAAGAAGCACAGCUCUACAGAAAGCAAGGAUACAUGCAUGCCUGCCCCAUGGACCCACUACUUCUUGUUCAAAGUUGGAGUGCUCUGUGUUUUUUUUUCAUUGAUAUUUUUAUAUGUGACCAGAGCACCCUGAGGAGGGCAGCUUGUAUGAAUUUGUUAAUGCACGCCUGCCUAUACAACUGUGCAUAUCUCAUAAACCAUUUCAGCUAAGAUGGCUGUAAUUUUGGGCUCAUUUGACUUUCAGAUAUAAAGUCACUAUUUAUCACUAUUAUACUCCAACUAUACUAUUACAAAGCUAUUCAUUUAUUGACCUCUGUUUGUCUGAAAUAUUCAUCGUAGUCCACUGAAAGAGUCCAGUGUGAGAGCAGGGCUCCAGCGUCCCUGUGGAGUGUGUCACCAGUAGCAGGGCUCCAGCGUCCCUGUGGAGUGUGUCACCAGUAGCAGGGCUCCAGCGUCCCUGUGGAGUGUGUCGCCAGUAGCAGGGCUCCAGCGUCCCUGUGGAGUGUGUCACCAGUAGCAGGGCUCCAGCGUCCCUGUGGAGUGUGUCGCCAGUAGCAGGGCUCCAGCGUCCCUGUGGAGUGUUUCACCAGUAGCAGGUCUCCAGCGUCCCUGUGGAGUGUGUCACCAGUAGCAGGGCUCCAGCGUCCCUGUGGAGUGUGUCACCAGUAGCAGGGCUCCAGCGUCCCUGUGGAGUGUUUCACCAGUAGCAGGUCUCCAGCGUCCCUGUGGAGUGUGUCACCAGUAGCAGGGCUCCAGCGUCCCUGUGGAGUGUUUCACCAGUAGCAGGUCUCCAGCGUCCCUGUGGAGUGUGUCACCAGUAGCAGGGCUCCAGCGUCCCUGUGGAGUGUGUCACCAGUAGCAGGGCUCCAGCGUCCCUGUGGAGUGUGUCGCCAGUAGCAGGGCUCCAGCGUCCCUGUGGAGUGUUUCACCAGUAGCAGGGCUCCAGCGUCCCUGUGGAGUGUGUCACCAGUAGCAGGGCUCCAGCGUCCCUGUGGAGUGUGUCGCCAGUAGCAGGGCUCCAGCGUCCCUGUGGAGUGUGUCGCCAGUAGCAGGGCUCCAGCGUCCCUGUGGAGUGUUUCGCCAGUAGCAGGGCUCCAGCAUCCCUGUGGAGUGUUUCACCUGUAGCAGGGCUCCAGCGUCCCUGUGGAGUGUUUCGCCAGUAGCAGGGCUCCAGCGUCCCUGUGGAGUGUUUCACCAGUAGCAGGGCUCCAGCAUCCCUGUGGAGUGUUUCACCUGUAGCAGGGCUCCAGCAUCCCUGUGGAGUGUGUCACCAGUAGCAGGGCUCCAGCGUCCCUGUGCAGUGUGUCGCCAGUAGCAGGGCUCCAGCGUCCCUGUGGAGUGUUUCACCAGUAGCAGGGCUCCAGCGUCCCUGUGGAGUGUUUGACCAGUAGCAGGGCUCCAGCGUCCCUGUGGAGUGUGUCGCCAGUAGCAGGGCUCCAGCGUUCCUGUGGAGUGUUUCACCUGUAGCAGGGCUCCAGCAUCCCUGUGGAGUGUGUCGCCAGUAGCAGGGCUCCAGCGUCCCUGUGGAGUGUGUCGCCAGUAGCAGGGCUCCAGCGUUCCUGUGGAGUGUUUCACCUGUAGCAGGGCUCCAGCAUCCCUGUGGAGUGUGUCACCAGUAGCAGGGCUCCAGCGUCCCUGUGGAGUGUUUCACCAGUAGCAGGGCUCCAGCGUUCCUGUGGAGUGUUUCACCUGUAGCAGGGCUCCAGCAUCCCUGUGGAGUGUGUCACCAGUAGCAGGGCUCCAGCGUCCCUGUUUGUCCAUCCAUUUCAUUUCUUGUUUCAUUUCUUGUUUUGUAACUACUGCAUGCUGGGAAAUUUAUGUUCUUAAUGUUCUUCCUGGCAGCUUUUGCCAUGAUCCCUUUGUACUGUGCAGAGUUUUUAUUGUUUAUUUUAAGAUUUGUAAUAAUCUAUACUGUUGCUAUGUAGUCACUGGUCUGAUUGCCAAAUGACCAUUGGACAGAAAUACGCUCUAGAAACCUUGUGCAGACUAUUGCUGUUUUUAACAGGAGGCCAGCGCACUCUGUGGAUGACUGAGAUCCAUGCUAAAGAGUUUUAUUAACAAGCAACAGAGCAUUGUGAGGGGAAACAUUAAAGUCAUCCUUAAUCAUCCGUGGCACUGCAUUCCUGUGUCUAAUGGCCUCAGGAGAUAGGGGAAACGGUGCAUACCUGAAAAUGAGCUGUAGCUAUCUGUAGUUGCCAGAGCUAUCCACUAGAUGGCAGUGUAUAAUGAUGUAUGACCAUUGCAACAUAUCACAGGGAUUCAGUUAAAAUCCAUGUGUAGUUUUGAAAGAAAUUUAUCUGGUACUGCACUAGGUUAAAGAAAACUAUGCUUGACCUCAAAGACAGAAAGGCUGAGGUAAAAUGACCUAUUUAGUGCAAAUAUAAUACAUUUCCUGGCAGGCAAGGCAAGCGAACUGAAGGUUUCUUUUACCUAGUGUAGUGCCACAGGUCUUGUUUUUUUUUUUUGCACGAUUAUUUGUUUCUUUCAAAACUGCAUAUUUGAGACCAAUGUUGAGCUGAUCGGGAGGUCCUGAUUGGCUGGGGGGCGUGUCCGGUGAGCUGAGCUGAUUGGGAGGUCCUGAUUGGCUGGGGGGGGCGUGCCUGUGGAGCCUACGCCUGUUCUUAAACAAAGCUUGCUUUGUUUACAUCGAGGAGGAGAGCGUCCGAUCCGCAGGAUAACUACUACGGAACCCUUCAACCUCCAGUCAGUCACGUUGCUGUUUGUGUACUCAGGCAACAGGCAGUCACAUCUUUUGUUGGCGAUUUUAAUACACACAUCAUUAUACGCAGGCCAUUUUUUAAAAGAAAAAAUUGGUUUCAAAAGUGUAUUUUCAAUUAAAAGUAAUACUUUUAGUUAUAGGACAGGAAAGACAAAUCGAUGAAAUCCAUGACAAUUGGAUAUGCGACUCUCCAGAUAUAUCCACAGUGUAUACGUGACAUACAGAUGAAUGGACGGACUCUCCCUGUAUCCCGUGAUCUCAUAAUCUCAGUGUGAUGUUCGUACAUACAGAUUUCAUGACAAGAUGUUUUCCAGUGUGAUGUUCGUACAUACAGAAUUCAUGACAAGAUGUUUUCCAGUGUGAUGGUCGUACAUACAGAUUUCAUGACAAGACGUUUUCCAGUGUGAUGUGCGUACAUACAGAUUUCAUGACAAGAUGUUUUCCAGUGUGAUGUUCGUACAUACAGAAUUCAUGACAAGAUGUUUUCCAGUGUGAUGUUCGUACAUACAGAUUUCAUGACAAGACGUUUUCCAGUGUGAUGGUCGUACAUACAGAUUUCAUGACAAGAUGUUUUCCAGUGUGAUGUUCGUACAUACAGAUUUCAUGACAAGACGUUUUCCAGUGUGAUGGUCGUACAUACAGAUUUCAUGACAAGAUGUUUUCCAGUGUGAUGUGCGUACAUACAGAUUUCAUGACAAGAUGUUUUCCAGUGUGAUGUGCGUACAUACAGAUUUCAUGACAAGAUGUUUUCCAGUGUGAUGGUCGUACAUACAGAUUUCAUGACAAGAUGUUUUCCAGUGUGAUGUUCGUACAUACAGAUUUCAUGACAAGACGUUUUUCAGUGUGAUGUUCGUACAUACAGAUUUCAUGACAAGACGUUUUCCAGUGUGAUGUUCGUACAUACAGAAUUCAUCCGGGGGAUAAGCCAGCAGUGUGGAGUAGUGGUUAGGGCUCUGGACUCUUGACCGGAGGGUUGUGGGUUCAAUCCCAGGUGGGGGACACUGCUGCUGUACCCUUGAGCAAGGUACUUUACCUACAUUGCUCCAAUAAAAACCCAACUGUAUAAAUGGGUAAUUGUAUGUAAAAAUAAUGUGAUAUCUUGUAACAAUUGUAAGUCGCCCUGGAUAAGGGUGUCUGCUAAGAAAUAAAUAUUAUUAUUAUUAUUA